AUGAACCACUCUGGAGCAAUCAUUAAUCCGCUACUGAAGACGUUAGAAUUUAUUGGCGCUAAGAGCCCAGAUACCCCAAGUGCCGCCUCUGUCAUGUACAAGCUACGAAAACUUAUCAAUGCCGAAAAGAAAGUUCUGAAAAGAAGGCAUGAAUUUUUGAGUGGUGUUUCUCACUGGGUAAACGUAUUAAGUAAUCCCGAGAACAAACGCUUGUUGGUGGAAUUCAGCCGGAUUGCAGAACUACAAGGCCGGCUUGACGAAGAAAUGAUAAGAAAGAAGGAAAAUAUCAAUUUGCAGUUAUACCAUGUGUCUCAAAGAGAAUCAAAAUCCGCAGAACUUAAGCUCAAACGAGCAAGAACUUUCAAACAACUUAGAGAUCAGGAGCGCAAAAUUGGGGAUAAUCACAACACUUGCUUAUCGAGAGAGGCUUUGGAAGAGUUGAACAUCUCCAUUGAAGUGGUGGAUGAACAGCUAAUAAAAUCCAUCAAUACUUCAUUGCAAGGCUCUUUAGUGGAUUACGUCCUGAGUAUGCAAAGUGUCUCUUCUGAUAUCAAGGAAGGUUGCAAUGAGUUUUUUGAAUAUUUGAAUGCCGAUUCUAUUUACAAUUGUCGCAAAAGCUAUUUAUUAGAUGACUCCUCGGAUAAGAUCCAAUAUCUUGGUUCCAGAGAAACUUCCGAAAAUAAGGAGAACCAAUACAAGGGCCGAGCAGAAAGUGUCAAGCCUGCUGGAGGCAAGAAGAAGAAAUACUUGAAUUUGAUCAACUCGACUGGCCCAACUGAAGUUCGAGCAAGCACUGAGCAUCUGACUGGCCAUGAACUCAAAGAAGAACUGGGGACGUUGCAGACUCAGCCUCUCAAAUGUCCAGAUUGUGGGUCUCAACUGAAAAACGAACACACCCAACAUUCAAGUGUGUGUUCCUAUUCCAAGCAGGGAUUAAACGAUCCGCCCGGUUCCUCUCAAAGUCUCGCCAUGCCGGGAAGGCUAGGGAUCCGCAUACCUAGCGUUUUGAAGUCUCGUGCAGGCGAAGGAUGGUAG